AUGCCCACCAAGAAUACCCCGAAGGAGCGCAUCAAUCGGUUCAAGAACAAGGGGAAGGAUCUGACCAAACUUCGAGAAAAUAGGUUUUUGGAAUGCGUGGAGUUGCGCAAAGCUCAAAAGAAUGAGAACCUCAUGAAGAGAAGACACAUAACGCUGUCCUCUCUUCCCGACGAUGACCCGCUCUCGCCUACUUACAUCUCUGCGGACAAGGCUCGAACUUUAAGCAUUGAGGAAAUUAUUAAAGACAUUAACUCCGCCUGCAAGGACGCUCAAACUCGUGGCUGUCAGGCUGCCAGAAAACUUCUUUCUCAAGAGCGUAACCCUCCUUUGAAGGAGAUCAUAGACUCUGGUCUCCUGGCCCGCUUUGUGUUCUUCUUGGGGAUGGACGAUGAGCCCAAUCUGCAGUUUGAAGCAGCUUGGGCUCUGACCAACAUUGCCUCUGGAACGUCUUGGCAUACACAGCAGGUGGUAGAACAUGGUGCGGUACCACACUUGAUUGCUUUGCUGGCGUCUCCACAGUUGCACAUCAGUGAGCAAGCAGUAUGGGCCCUUGGAAACAUUGCAGGUGAUGGCCCACUCUAUAGAGAUGUUCUCAUUGAAUGUAAUGUGAUCCCUGCCUUACUGGCACGGGCCUCCCCAGAAACUCCAGUUGGAUAUCUACGCAACCUCACGUGGACAAUGUCAAACUUGUGCAGAAAUAAAAACCCAUUUCCACCCUUGUCUGCAGUCCAACAGAUGCUUGCAACAUUGAUCCAGUUUCUCCAUCUUGGGGACAAGGACAUCUUGUCAGACGCAUGCUGGGCAAUCUCCUACCUGACAGACGGUGACAAUGAUCGUAUUGCCAUUGUGGUAAGAACGGGUAUUGUCCAGCGACUGGUAGAGCUCAUGAGCCACAAGGAGCUGAGCGUCAUGAUACCUGCCCUUCGUGCCAUUGGGAAUAUAGUGAGUGGCUCAGACCAGCAGACUCAGGCAGCCAUUGAUGCUGGUGUUCUCGGCAUACUUCCUCGACUCAUGAGGCACCCAAAGGCCAACGUAAAGAAGGAAGCGGCAUGGGCGUUGUCAAACAUCGCAGCUGGGCCAUGUGAGCAAAUCCAACAGUUGCUCACAUGCGGCCUACUCCCUCCUCUCGUCGAACUACUUAGAAAUGGAGAUUUCAAGACUCAAAGGGAAGCUGUGUGGGCAGUGACCAACUUCACCAGCGGGGGCACUGUGGAGCAGGUAGUCCAGUUGGUGCAUAGUGGGGCACUCGAGGCAAUAAUCAACCUUCUCCAAGUAAAAGAUGCCAAAAUCGUUCUGGUCAUAUUGGAUGCCAUCAACAAUAUUUUCAUGGCAGCAGAGAAGCUCGGCGAGAUAGAGAAACUCUGUCUUCUAGUUGAAGAGCUGGGAGGACUGGACUGCAUUGAAAGUCUACAGAAUCAUGAAAACGAGAUGGUGUACCAGGCAGCCUGCAACCUCAUUGAGAAGUACUUUGCGGAUGGUGAGAUGGAGGGGUUGAAGCUCGACUCCACAACCACAGAAGAUAUUUUUGUCAUCGAGAGCCCAGACCCUUGCAAAACAUUUGAAUUUUAA